AUGGCUAAACAUAUCACAGAGAUAGGUGAGAAGCGAGCAUUCUCUAGUACCACUGAAGACAACCCAAGAGACACAGGAAAAGCCAUAAAAUGGGAGGAGUGUAAAGCAAUCACCCUGAGAAGUGGAAAGAAAGUUGAGACAGAAGCCAUUACUCAGGAAGAGCACAACAAAGAAGGCUUAAAAGAAGAGGUGAAUGAACAAAAGCAGGAGCAAGAAACCUAUACACAAAGUGAUAAAUUAGCUAAGAAGGAAGCAGUGAAAGCAUACCAACCAAUGCUCCCAUACCCUCAAAGGUUUAAAGGAGAGAACAAAGAGAAGCAAUACUCCAAAUUCUUGGAGAUAUUCAAGACACUACACAUCAACAUCCCCUUCAUUGAAGCACUUGAACAGAUGCCCCUAUAUGCUAAGUUCAUGAAGGAAUUGUUGACAAAGAAAAGAUCCUUGAAAGAGGGACAAACGGUUGUGAUGACCAGGGAGUGUAGUGCCAUCAUCCAGAAAAAGUUGCCAAAGAAGAUGAAAGACCCAGGGAGCUUUCAUAUCCCCUGCACAAUAGGCAACAUGAUGAUUGAGAGAGCAUUUUGUGACCUUGGUGUAAGCAUAAAUCUGAUGCCUCUAUCUUUGAUGAGGAAGCUUCAGAUUCAUGAAUUGAAACCCACAAAGAUAGCCCUUCAAAUGGCGGACAAAUCUAUUCAGCAAGCACUCGGGGUUGUAGAGAAUGUAUUGGUAAAGGUGGACAAAUUUUUCCUCCCAGUUGACUUUGUCAUCCUAGACAUAGAGGAAGAUGACAACACUCCCAUUAUCCUAGGGAGACCUUUCUUAGCUACUGCCAGGGCAUUGAUAGAUGUUGAAAAAGGAGAAUUGAUGCUAAGGGUGCAUGAAGAGCAUAUAGUGUUCCAUGUCUUCAAGAAUUUGCAAGAUUCCACCCAAGAGGAAGGGUGUAUGAAGAUCGAUUCCAUAGAUUCAAACUUGAAAGAAGCACAUGAUGAGACACUUCCAAUGCACCUAAGCCCAUGCUGGGAAGAAAGGAAAGAGGUGGAGGUGUUGCAACAAGAUCAAAGAAUAGAGGAGAAGCGACAACCAAAGCCUACAUUUGAGACUCUCAGCAAGAACCUUCCAAAAAUUGAGGCUUCAAAACCUGAACUACUUCCUGGAAAAGAAAAGAGUCCCAAGAAGAAA